UGCAACGGCUGGCGGGAGUAGCGGCUGUGCUCAUAUAUUUCAAGCGUUCGUUGCUUGUUCUUUAAAUGCUGUGCGUUUUCUAACUUGUAUACGGAAAUCGAAGUAAAAAUAAAUAUUAAUAUGUGUGAAAACGAUUACGACGAUCUUCGAAAAAGAAAUAUAGCCGAAAGAAAUGCUAUUUUUGCCGAGUUCUUCAAAGAUUUAAAACAACAAACAAAUGAGACAAAAGAAGUAAUAAAGAAGCAUAAAAAUACAGACAAUUCGGAAAAUGAACCGCCGAAAAAAAGACGCAGGACUAUUUCUAGUGGUCGUAACGAAUUUAAAAAUGUAAAACUUAGUUUUCGCAGGAAAUAUAACACUCGAAAUAGUUUAAAGAAUAGAAGUAAUAAUGAUUCAAGCACUUCGCAAAACGAUUCAGAAGAGGAUAUAAUUGAACUCAAAAGUAACAAACCUAAAUUACAAGUUCUAUUUCCUUGGGCAAAACCAUUUCAGCGUUCAAUUGAUUUAAUGAAACUGGGAGUCUGUGAUGUGGAUGAAGAGCAAGAACAAGAUAGUGAUAAUAGUUCUGAAGAUUACACGACAAAAAGAACAGUUUAUAAAGUAAACAAAUCUCCAUAUGAUCCAGAUAGUAUACCAUCUGUUGAUGAAAUAACCGAGGAAAUGCUAAACAAUAUAGCAGAGAAAAGUAGUACAAAAGAGUAUUGUAAAAUUAAUGGAACUAGUUGUCAUCAAUGCAGACAAAAAACCUUAGAUACAAAAACAGUAUGCCGUUCUGGAGAGUGUAUCGGAAUUAGAGGACAAUUUUGUGGACCUUGUUUAAGAGGAAGAUACGGUGAAAGUGCUCUUGAAGCAUUAAAAGAUCCUGAUUGGGCUUGCCCACCUUGCCGUGGUCUAUGUAAUUGCAGUAUAUGUCGAACAAGGAGCGGUUUACGACCAACGGGAAUCUUAGCUCCUGUAGUGCAAGAAGAAGGAUUUUCAUCUGUUAUGGACUAUCUCCAGCAUACCGAAAUCGAUGAUACAUAACUGGAAUGCUGUAAAAGACUUUGAUCUAUGAAAUGUUUUAAUACAAAUGAAUUUUUUUAUCCAUGUAAUAAAAUCUUACUUCGUAUUAAA